AUGGCCCACAAGCAAAUCUCCUAUUCUGACAAGUACUUUGACAAGCAGUACAAGGACCGACAUGUGAUGCUGCCAAGAGAACUUUCAAAACAAGUGUCCAAAUCCCAUCUGAUGUCUGAAAAGGAGUGGAAACGACUUGGUGUUCGGCGAAGUCUUGGCUGGGUUCACUAUAUGAUCCAUGAGCCAGAACUGCAUAUUCUUCUCUUUAGAAGACCUCUUCCAAAGGAUGAGCAGAAAUGAAC